CAGUUCUCCAAGAUGGGAAAGAAUUGGGUUAUGCCUCAGUUCUGUGCUGAUCGUGUGAUCGUGCUUCCCGCACAAAAGCUGCAGGAAGUCAUGAGCCUCGAUGAUGACCAAAUCGACCAUCUUGGGCCGCUCAACGAUGCGUUUAUACCCAAGUACACUACUGGAAUAGAUGUCCUGAAUGGGCCUCAUGUCGACAUUGUCCGCCAGAAGCUCACCCGUCGGCUGCCCUUGAUGACCGCCGACGUUUAUGAAGAGCUGGUGUUGGCGAUGGAGCGGGUGUGGGCCCCCAAACAGGACGAAUGGACGACCGUAAAGGUACUCGAAUCAACCAUGAAGAUUGUCGGUCAGGCCGCAAACCGAAUGCUCUGUGGACCGGAGCUGUGUCGCAAUCCUGUAUGGCUUGAAGCCACCCGUCGACACGCCAUAACAGCAUUCGCAACCGGCUUCAUGCUCAGACCUUUUCCUGGUUGGACGCACCCAAUCACGGGGCGAAUCGCGGCUAUUCCCCACCUGUUAAGCCUCAGGAAAUGCAAGCGCAUGUGUACUCCUAUCAUUGAGGAAAGAUUGAGAAACACGCUGGACCCAACUACGACCAAGACUUCGGAGGCGCCCUUCGAUCUCCUGCAGUGGAUAGUGGAGGACACCAUCCAGCGUGCACAGGCGGAAUCAAAGACCAUCGACAUGGACGUGAUUGUCAGGCAAUUACUGAUCCUGAUCGUCGCAGCCAUUCACACGACUACUAUAAUGACCACCCAUACACUUCUUGAUUUAUACAGUCACCCCGAUGCGAAUACGUACGUCGAGGGACUACGGGAAGAAUGUGAGAGAGUGUUUGCAGAGUCCGGCGGAAAGUGGACCAAGGUCGCCGUUGACAAGCUCAUCCGAGUGGAUUCGACCAUUCGCGAAUCGAUGCGCUUGUACCCAUUUGUCGACCUCAGUCUCAGACGAACGAUCCUCCCUCCAGCCGGUGUAACUCUCUCUGACGGCACACACAUUCCCCAAGGUGUCACGCUCGGCUUCACCGGUCCUUUCAUCCAUCGAGACCCUACUUUCUAUCCCGAGAAUCCAGAGGACUGGGAUGGCUUCCGCUUCUCCCGCCCUCGCGAGCGGGGCAUCAAAGUGGACCUCGAAACAAUCCUCGAGCAGAAGAACACGGCCAUGACAGCCGUGCAAGUUGAUUUUCUGACUUUUGGACUCGGUAGGCAUGCGUGUCCGGGACGGUUUUUUGCCAGUCAGGAGAUGAAGUUGAUGCUGGCGCAUAUCGUUAUGAAUUAUGAUGUCAGAGUUGCUGGUGGGAAGAGACCUCCGACUGCCAACAUCGCUGGCAAUUAUUUGCCGGAUGAGAGUGCGAAGCUUGAGAUCAAGUUGCGGGAGAGAUGA